AUGGAAAACCCCCCUUCCGAGUCCUCUAGCAUCUUACACAAUCAUCAAACUGGUGACCCAAAAAAGAAGAAGAUCAUUCUUGAGGAUGAUUACCCGAUUAUAUUAUCAGCCAAGUCGUCGAGUCAAGCCAACCCUCCUCCUCCUCCUCCAGGUUUGAAUCUUUCUUUUCUUAAUCAAAAGUUCGGUAACAAUUAUAAUCUUGGUGGAUCGGAGGUUGAACUUAGGCUAUUCAACGCAGGAGGAUCAUCUUCUAGGGCAAUGAAAGAAGCAUCUGAUGAGAGCGCCCACAACAAGAGAUCAUCAUCAGAACGUAGGGUUUUCUCAUGUAGUUUCUGUAAGAAAGAGUUCUCUACUUCUCAAGCUCUUGGCGGGCAUCAAAAUGCACAUAAACAAGAACGAGUGAUGACAAAACAUCGUCGAGAGCUUGGAUUAAUGGAUGGUGUUCAUCAUCAAUAUCCAUUCUCAUUUUACAAUCAGUAUUAUUCUAGCAGUACUCUACCUCAUCAUGCUUCUCUUUAUGGAUUAUAUGGUAAUAAAUCUUCACUUGGGGUGAGAAUGGACUCCAUGAUUCAGAAGCAAUCUAUUCAAUGGUCUCCUUACGGAUACCGGUUUGGUCCUAGUGAGAGAUCAAGCCAGGGAUUAUGUGAUAACCUUGAUAGGUUCAAGAUCCAGCAGGGUUUAAACCCUAAUUUGACAAGUGGGUUAGGAAACCCUAGCUCUUGUAGCCUUGGAGGCACAAGUAGUAGUGGACUUGGAAGAAUUGGAGAUGUCAAACCAUUAGAAGCAUCAAGCUCCUCCACCAAUAUUAAUAAUAGGCCAAGCAAUGAUCACUCAAAGGAGGAGAAAGAAGUACUUGAUUUAACUCUUAAGCUCUAG